UUUUACUCGUUGUGUAAUUUAUUUUUGUACUAUUCUCUACCUAUCACUUUUCUUCUCUCUCUCUCUCUCUCAGCUUUGUAUGCAAAUAGUUUCUAUUUCUGGAAUAUAAAGUUGGGCUAAUAAUUUGGUUUGAACUUUGAAAUGAAGGGUCUGACAACCUAAUAUCUGGGAAAAUGACGAGGAGGAAAAUUCAGAUUAAGAAGAUUGACAACAGGACGGCAAGGCAGGUGACAUUCUCAAAGAGGAGGAGAGGACUUUUUAAGAAAGCUUUUGAGCUCUCUACUCUCUGCGAUGCUGAAAUUGGUCUCAUGGUCUUUUCUGCUACGGGAAGGCUCUUUGAAUACGCCAGCUCAAGCAUGCAGCAGCUAAUCGAAAAGCAUAAGCUGCAUCCAGAUAACCUUGGUAAAAUGGACCUACCGUGUCUUGAGCUGCAGCUUGAGCACAAUACCUGCACCAUAUUGCGCAAGGAAAUUGAGGAGCAGACACAUGAACUGAGGAAGAUUAAGGGAGAAGAGCUCCAUGGAAUGGAUAUAGAAGAAUUACAUAAACUAGAGAAAGAUCUUGAAGUAGGCCUGAGCCGUGUUAUAGAAACAAAGGGUGAAAAAUUUCUGGAAGAGAUCACUGCCCUUCAGCAAAAGGAAGCCCAACUCAUGGAAGAAAACCAACGACUAAAACAGAUGCAGAAUCUUUUUAGUGUUCAAACACAUGUACUUGAACAAGGUCAGUCAUCUGAGUCAAUCACCAAUGUUUGUAGUAUAUCUGAUCCUCCUCAAGACAAUGACAGCUCAGAGACUUCUCUCAAGCUAGGGUGACAUUGUUCUAUUUCAUAGUCUUCCUUGACCCAUAAAAUGCAAGCAACAUCUUGUCAAUCACCGCCAAAGACAGCUCAAGAUUGGCACUUCACAAGUUUCUGCCAUAUUUCACCAUUGCUUCUCUUGGCUGGCAAUUGUUAAGCACACAUCAUAUGUAUGUAAUUUGGUACUAACCAAUUACCACCAAGCAAAAACUCACCAAAAUGUUCGUUUAACAUGUCAUAGUUAGUUAAGAGACUCAGAAAUCAAAUAUUUGUAUUUUUUGUGCUAACAAGACUGUCCAAAACUCUUUUAAGUAAUUAACUAUUCGUCAUGUGUUAUAAAUCAUCAACCGCAUUUUUAGCCCCUUUUUCUCACUUUACUAAAAAUAGCAACCCAAGCGUGAACCAUGAAGGGUUUUCAGUUUUCA